GUUCUUUUCAGUUCAUAACGUUGUUGCAGAAACACGUGGUGAAAAGAGUGAUUAUUGAAUUUAAAGCGAAAUAUUAACGCUAUCACAAUGCCUCUUGCUAAAGAUUUCCUUCAUCCAAGUCCAGCUGAAGAAAAAAGGAAACACAAGCUAAAACGACUUGUACAAAAGCCAAACAGCUAUUUUAUGGAUGUGAAAUGUCCUGGAUGUUAUGCCAUCAAAACUAUUUUUUCACAUGCACAGAAAUCAGUAGAGUGCGAUGGAUGUCGUACAAUAUUAUGCACAUCUACAGGUGGCAAAGCUCGAUUGACAGAAGGUUGUUCAUUUAGGAGAAAGGUCCAGUGCUAAUCUAACAGUGGUUAGGGCAACAUAAUGUAUACAUUUCUCUUUAUAUU